CAAAUUGUGUCAAAAAAGUGGAACCACAAAAUAUAUCUCCAACACAUUUUACACAUAACAUGUGUUAUGGAUAGAAUUAAUUUAGCUUUUCAAACACUUUUAAAUGAAGCAGAGGAUUUUAGGAUCGGUUCUGAUAUAUUAGAGUUAAACACUGUUCCAACUGCUUUAGAAUUCACUCGUGAUAAUUAUGCGAAAAACGUGCCUGUAGUGAUUCGAAAUGCAGUAAAAGGUUGGAACGCCGUGAAACACUGGACACCUGAAUAUUUGCAAAAAAAAAUUCAUAAUAAAAAGGUUGACGUAGCGAUAACACCAAAUGGUUAUGCAGAUGGGUUGGCGCAGCAAGAUGGAAAUGACUAUUUCGUAUUGCCUUUGGAAGAGAGUAUGCAUUUCUCCGAGUUUCUGCAGUGUUUAGACAACUCCGCUGGGCCCGUGUACUACAUACAGAAACAAAAUUCAAACUUUUUUGAAUUUCCUGAAAUAGCAGAUGACAUAGAUAUCAGUUGUUUAAGUUUCGCAACAGAAUGUUUUAAUAAGCCCCCGGACGCUGUUAAUUUUUGGAUGGGCGACGAGCGUGCAAUAACUUCGAUGCAUAAAGAUCCGUAUGAUAAUUUAUAUUGCGUUGUUGCAGGCUACAAAGAUUUCUUAUUAUUACCUCCAUAUCAAAUUAUGACUAUCCCCCGAAAGAAAUAUCUAACAGGUGUGUAUAGAAGGUCCGGUACAGGAAAAUUUUUUAUUGAAGCAAUGACACAGCACUCUGAAGAAGGUAUUUCUGAACCAGUAUUAACUGAAUGGAUUAGCAUAGAUCCUCUUAAUCCCGACUUCACUAAAUAUCCACAAUAUCGUCAGGCUACACCCUUAAAAGUACGCGUAAACGCUGGGGAUGUGUUGUUUUUACCAAAUUUUUGGUACCAUCAUGUUAGACAAAGUCAUAAAUGUAUAGCUGUAAAUUUUUGGUAUGACAUGGACUUUGAUAGUCGAUAUUGUUAUUUUCGAAUGCUUGAAAAAUUAACAGAGUGUCAGGAAUGAAAAUUAAUGGAAAAAAAAACAGAAAUAACUGAACAAUAAAUUAUUUUUAAAAUUAAAUGUUUAUUGCCUAUUUCAAAAGAUGUCCAAGUUACCAAUAUUGGUGUACGGUACUAUGAGUUGGUUUCAUACACUGGAUUAUAGAAAAUAUAUUCAUUUUUUUUUUAGAUAAGUGAUAUAUGUUUAAUAGAAACAAUAUUCUGUCUUUGCGAAAUUUUAUUCGAUU